CAAAGUCGUCACUGUCAACUUGACAACUUCUUAGGUCUUUGUGUGUCUUCUUGUGCGCCCAACAAGCACCAACGAAGCCUAAAGAAAAAAAAAGUGGUGGCGAGCGGCCGUAAGUCUCGUUAUAUGUUAGCACGUCUACCACUCGGGUUGGUGUGUUCUACGAUCUCCUCGGAUGGAUCGAAGUGGUCAUGGGCAUGCCGACGCCCGAGCACGGCGAAGAAAGCUGAGAGCCUACCACGCGGUUGGCCAAAAAAUUUCUAUCAACAAAAGCCAUGGCAUUCGUCGACCAGUUCCUCAACCCACAAUGAGCUUUGGGCCUAUCGCUCAUGCGAUCACGGGAAGAGGAUUUCGUUGACCUCCUAUGAUUAUAUGAUAGCUGACGUUGAAGUUUAUGCAUUGCAACAAGCUCUCUGAAGUGUGAACGAUGGGCCUCGUACGAGUCUGUUCGGAAACGACAUCGGCGUCGUCAGGGAGCUGAAUAAUGCUUCCGAGAGGCUUCCCUCGACAAGAUAACGGCCAUCUGCUACUUGCAGCAACUCAUACAGACGCUUCU